CAAGCACCCAAUGAUAAAUGUAAAUGUGUUGUAUACCUAAAAUGUACUAAUAAAAGAAUUUAAGCAAAAAAGAAGCCAGAGGAAGUGGGGAGUAGAGCAGCACAAGGCUUCCUCCUGUGAAACUGCCGAGAAAGCAAGGUGGGGGUUGGAGGGUCCCCUAGUGUCUGCCCCACCUCUGAGAAAGAUGGGGGUCCUUUUGGUAAGGACAGCCUUGUCCCUGAUGUUGGGAAACUGUGUUCUCUUAAUGGAAUGGACAGGUUGCUGUCACAUGCUGGUAGCACCAACUCAUCGUGCUGGAUUUGGUCUUCGUGGUUUGAAGCUAAACUACUUGGAAGGAUGAGUUUGUCCUGCUCUGUGAUGAUCUGGAAUAAGCUGUUCCUGAGCUCUCCAUCUACUCCUUCAGCUUUGGCGACUGCGGAGCAUCUCAGUUCCUGAAGAGGGAGAGGAUGGGCUGGUGAGGGUCUUUCUUGGGGAUGGAGUAACACCCAUUUGUGAAUCUGGUUUCCCCAGUUAUUCUCUUUACCCCUUCUCUCUUCCCUUUGGAAUGGCAGACUCUGGCCUGGUGGUCCCAAGUGUUUCCUAUGAGCUGCAUAAAAAGCUGUUGUCUGUGGCAGAAAGGCAUGGGCUGACCCUGGAGCGGAGGCUGGAGAUGACAGGUGUGUGUGCCAGUCAGAUGGCGCUGACCCUUCUCGGAGGACCCAACAGGCUGAACCCCAAGAAUGUUCACCAGAGGCCCACUGUGGCCCUGCUGUGUGGGCCCCAUGUGCAGGGGGCUCAAGGCAUCAGCUGCGGCAGGCACCUGGCUAACCACGACGUGCACGUCAUCCUCUUCCUGCCCAACUUUGUCAAGAUGCUGGAGUCCAUCACCAAUGAGCUGUCUCUCUUCAGCAAGACCCAGGGCCAGCAGGUGUCCAGCCUCAAAGAUCUGCCCAGCAGCCCUGUGGACCUGGUCAUCAACUGCUUGGAUUGCCCGGAGAAUGCCUUCCUACGGGAUCAGCCCUGGUACAAGGCAGCGGUGGCCUGGGCCAACCAGAACCGGGCACCAGUGCUCAGCAUAGACCCUCCUGUGCAUGAAGUCGAGCAGGGCAUUGAUGCCAAGUGGUCCUUGGCACUGGGCCUUCCCCUGCCGCUGGGGGAGCACGCAGGCCGCAUCUACCUGUGUGACAUUGGCAUCCCCCAACAGGUCUUCCAAGAGGUGGGCAUCAGCUACCACUCGCCCUUUGGCUGCAAGUUCGUCAUUCCCCUGCAUUCUGCCUAGAGCCCUGCCAUCAGCUGGUGACAGACACCUUAAGAUGUGAAGCUUCAUGGGCCUUGCUGUACAGUUUUCCUUUUUUGAGUUGAUUUCUUCUGUGAGAUAACAGAACAUGCUGCAAACUGGCCUAUCGCCUGGUGGUGGCUGAGCACCAGACGCUCUGCCCAUGGGGUUUGUUUACAGACACAGGCAACUCUCAAACUGUUCAGGGUUACAUCGAGGGUGGCAGGGCCUUUGAGGGCCAGGCUCUUGUACGUCUCCUGCUUGCCCAGCCUGCAUCUUGUCAUAGUGCCAUGGCCAUGAGGCACCUGUCUGAGCAGAGGGUAGUCACAAGGGGCUUCUGGCCCUUUUCCUGAGCCGAGGUAGGUGGUGUGCUGGGUUUUUCCUAGGUCUUUCCACUCCACCUAAGAGGCAGGGGAAGGGGACUCAGGAUGGUGUCACUGUAUUGGGAUCUGUGUGGCUUGCUGCAGUCUUUAGAGCCAGGUCACACAAGGUUAUGUUACUGGGGAACCACAGUGCCCACUUUGCCAGCAUUGCUCUCCCUGGCUGGUGGCAGAGUCUUUGGCGAGUCAGGCCGGGCUGCUCAAGGCACAUCUUUAAGGUCCAAGACUGGGGAGAGGCCCGAGGCAGCCUGGUGCUGCACAAGGUGGCUCCUGGUGCUUCUGUCCUAGUCCCCCACCCCCACAUAAUCCAAACACUUAUGCCCCACUCUUCCAUCCACUCUGCCUACCCCUCAAAAUGCUCCCCCACAGCUGCCAUCCCAGAGCAGGGCCAUGUCCCUCUCCCCUAACCCCCCCACCCCCCACAAGCGCUUUGGUUUGGACUUACCCCUUCUGGUUGUCUCUGAUGUGUAGGCUUGGGGCAGCAGCAUGUCUCAGAUGCCCAAGCUGGCUCCAGAUGAGCUCACUGCUGGGCAGCCCCCACUGGACCAGGCCUGGAGCCCUGGUGGGGCUCCUUGCAAAUGUGUAGGGCUUCAGGCUCCUUUUACUCUGCCCACAGUGGCUGAGGGGAGGGCUCGAGGAAGGGUUGGGGGCCAGGGACAGGCUGGCUGAGGAUUGUGGUCACAGGGAAGGCUGUGGUGCCAGGGUCUGGGCUGCUCAUUUCCUCAUAGGUGCAGAACCAGGAGCAGAUGCACUAGGGCAGAGGGCUGGCUCCUCUCCUCCCAUCAUCCCUCCAUUGCAGUGUGGUCUCAAGUGGUGGGAGGCAGCCAGGGCCAAUGCCUUGUGCUGUGAGUCUGCCCUGAGCCUCUGCUCACUCUCAGGGCCAGGCAGCAGGCAUUAGCACCCAUCCUGGACUCACAGGCCUCUUGUUGGGUGAUAAGCUAGAAUCCUGCUCUACCUACUAGUGCUAGUGCAUUGUCCCUGGGUGAUGGCCUUGUUGAGGGGCCAAUGAGUUUGUGCCCAAGCUUCUUUUCUCCCCAGGUGGCAUGGGGACCUCCUUGCCCUCAGUCUGGGUUUACCCAGAGAUUAAGAUGGGCACAGUUCCUCUCUCUUCCCCUCCUCCCAGAGGAUUCCUGCUUAGUGGCCAGGACCCAAGAGGGUCUGACAGUAACCAAGCCUGACACUCGGGGAACCAAAACCAGCAUUAUAAUAAAGCUGAAUGAGCAAGUUCUGAA